UGUCCUGUGCGCACGCAUCGCGCACGCCGGCGCCUUCCUUUGGGAGCCCGGGCCCGCGGGGCGGGCGCGCGGCAAAUGGAGGGGGUGCUCGCCGAAGCGCUGCUGUCGCAGAGCCGGGACCCUCGGGCCCUGCUUGGGGCGCUGUGCCGCGGGGAGGCGUCCGCGGAACGCGUGGAGACACUGCGCUUCCUUCUGCAGCGGCUCGAGGACAAGGAGGCGCGCAGCGGCGGGGGUGGAGGCGCGCUCCCGGAGGCGGCGCGCGAGGUGGCCGCCGAGUACCUCGUGCCGCUGCUGCGGAACCUGCGCGGGCGCCCGGCGGGCAGCCCUGACCCGGGUCUGCCGCCGCGCCACCGCCGGCGCGUGCUGAGGGCGGCGGGCGCGGCUCUGCGCUCGUGCGCCCGCCUGGCCCGGGGUCCACAGCUGGCGACCGCGCUGGCGGAGGAGGCGCUGCGCGAUCUGCUCGCGGGGUGGCGCGCGCCUGGCACCGAGGCUGCGGUGGAGGUGCUGGCGGCCGUCGGGCCCUGUUUGCGGCCCCGCGACGACGGGCCACUGCUGGAGCGCGUGGCGGGCGCCGCCGUCUCCCUGGCGCUGGGCGGGGGCGGGGACGGGGAUGAGGCCGGGCCCGCGGAGGACACGGCGGCGCUGGUGGCCGGGCGACUGCUGCCGGUGCUGGUCCAGUGCGGCGGGGCGGCCCUGCGGGCAGUGUGGGGCGGGCUGGUCGCGCCGGGGACGUCCCCGGGGCCGGGCCACGUAGAGGCGAAGCUGCUGGUCCUGAGCGCCCUUGCGGAGAAACUGCUGCCCGAGCCGGGCGGCGACCGCGCCCCCGGCACGCGGGAGCCGGGCCCAGACGCCCGGCGCUGCUGGCGCUUCUGGAGGACGGUGCAGGCGGGGCUGGGCCACGCGGACGCCCUGACGCGCAAGCGAGCGCGCUACCUGCUGCAGAGGGCGGUGGAGGUGUCGGCGGAGCUGGGAGCCAACUGCACCUGCGGGCCCCAGGAAGGAAACGUAGAGACGGGAUUUCUCCAUGCUGGUCAGGUUGGUGUGGAACUCCCGACCCCAGGUGAUCCGCCCGCCUCGUCCUCCCAAAGUGCUGGGAUUGCAGGCUUGAGCCACGGUGCCCGCCCUCAUCAGAGAUUUUGCCCAAGUUUGUUUUGGUGGUCUGAGAAGAAAAAAGAUGAGCUUCUGAAGUUUUGGGAAAAUUAUAUUUUAAUUAUGGAGACUUUAGAAGGAAAUCAGAUACAUGUUAUAAAGCCAGUUUUACCAAAGCUGAACAAUCUGUUUGAAUAUGCGGUAUCAGAGGAACAUGCAUAUUGGCUCUUUCACCCAUCCUGGCAUAUGUGUAUUUAUAAAAGAAUGUUUGACAGUGAAAACAAAAUCCUGACCAAAGAAGGUGUUAUCCACUUUUUGGAGCUAUAUGAAACAAAGAUUCUUCCAUUUUCACCAGAAUUUUCUGAGUUUGUUAUUGGACCACUAAUGGAUGCACUUUCAGAGAGCUCUCUGUAUAGCAGGUCCUCAGGCCAGCCAAUAGGAAGCUGUUCUCCAUUGGGAUUGAAAUUACAGAAGUUUUUAGUUGCUUAUAUUUCUCUUCUUCCAGAAGAAAAAAAGAGUAGCUUCUUAUUGAAGUUUAUUCGGAAGAUGACAAGUAGACAUUGGUGUGCUGUUCCCAUUUUGUUUCUAUCUAAGGCUUUGGCAAACGUGCCAAGAUACAAGGCCCUGGGUAUAGAUGGGCUUCUUGCUCUCAGGGACGUUAUUCAUUGCACUAUGAUCACACAUCAAAUUCUCCUGAGAGGGGCAGCCCAAUGCUACCUUCUUCAGACAGCUAUGAAUUUGCUGGAUGUGGAGAAAGUGUCACUUUCUGAUGUCUCAACUUUUCUCAUGUCUUUGAGACAAGAGGAAUCCUUAGGACGAGGAACUUCAUUGUGGACAGAGCUGUGUGACUGGCUACAUGUUAAUGAGAGCUAUUUUAAGCCAUCCCCACUGUGUAGCUCCAUUGGACUUCAGAAGACAUCUUUAAAUGCUUAUGUGAAGAACCUUGUUCAAGAGUAUGUUAAGUCAUCUGCUUGGGAAACGGGAGAAAACUGCUUUAUGCCUGACUGGUUUGAAGCCAAGCUUGUUUCUCUGAUGGUCUUGCUGGCUGUGGAUGUGGAAGGAAUGAAGACUCAAUAUAGUGGAAAGCAGAGAACAGAGAAUGUAUUGCGGAUAUUCUUAGAUCCUCUUCUGGAUGUGCUUAUGAAGUUUGGAACUAAUGCCUACAUGCCCUUGCUGAAGACUGACAGAUGCCUCCAGUUGCUGUUGAAGCUGUUGCAUACAUGCAGGUUGAAAGGUUCCUGUGCCCAAGAGGAUGAGGUGUUUACUGUUCUUCAGAACUUUGUCAUGUCUACUACAGAGAGCAUUUCUGAGUUUAUUCUCAGAAGACUUACCACGAAUGAGCUGAAUAGGGUUUCAGAUCUGGAUCGUUGCCAUUUAUACCUGAUGGUGUUAACCGAGCUUAUAAAUCUGCAUUUGAAAGUUGGGUGGAAAAGGGGUAACCCUAUUUGGAGAGUUAUUUCUCUUUUGAAAAAUGCAUCCAUUCAGCAUCUUCAAGAGAUAGACAGUGGACAGGAGCCAACGCUUGGAAGUCAGAUUCAGAGAGUAGUGAGCAUGGCUGCCUUGGCCAUGGUGUGUGAGGCCAUAGACCAGAAGCCUGAGCUGCAGCUGGACUCUCUCCAUGCUGGGCCCAUGGAAAGCUUCCUUUCCUCUCUUCAGCUCAAUCAGACACUGCAGAAGCCCCAUGCAGAGGAGCAGAGCAGCUAUGCUCACCGCUCGGAGUGCAGCAGUGUUUUGGAAGAAUCAUCAUCUUCCCAAGGAUGGGGAAAAAUAGUUGCACAGUAUAUUCAUGAUCAGUGGGUGUGCCUCUCUUUCUUGUUGAAAAAAUAUCACACCCUUAUACCAACCACAGGGAGUGAAAUUCUGGAACCAUUUUUACCUGCUGUUCAGAUGCCAGCAAGGACUUUGCAGUCUGCACUGGAAGCCCUCACAGUUCUUUCUUCUGAUCAAGUUUUACCGGUGUUCCAUUGCAUGAAAGUGUUGGUUCCCAAGCUUCUGACCUCCUCUGAAUCACUCUGCAUAGAGUCUUUUGACAUGGCUUGGAAAAUUAUAUCUUCUUUAAGCAACACUCAGCUGAUAUUCUGGCCUAAUUUGAAAGCUUUCGUUCAGUUUGUUUUUGAUAACAAAGUUCUUAGCAUUGCUGCCAAAAUCAAGGGCCAGGCAUAUUUCAAAAUAAAAGAGAUUAUGUACAAGAUAAUUGAAAUGUCUGCUGUAAAAACUGGAGUCUUCAAUACACUGAUAAGUUACUGCUGCCAGUCUUGGAUACUGUCUACUUCAAAUGUGUCUCAAGGAUCUUUAUCAAGUGCUAAAAAUUAUAGUGAACUUAUCCUUGAGGCUUGUACAUUUGGAACUGUGUUUAGGCGUGAUCAAAGACUUAUUCAGGAUGUACAGACCUUCAUAGAAAACCUUGGACAUGACUGUGCAGCAAAUACUGUUACGGAAAAUACUAAGAGAGAAGACCAUUAUGUGAGAAUUUGUGCUAUCAAAUUCCUGUGUUUAUUAGAUGGCUCCAAUAUGUCCCACAAGUUGUUUAUGGAGGAUCUUGCAAUCAAGCUGUUAGAUAAAGAUGAAUUAGUGUCCAAGUCCAAAAGACGCUACUAUGUGAAUUCUCUACAGCACAGAGUGAAAAACCGCAUAUGGCAGGCUCUGCUUGUACUUUUCCCUAGACUUGAUCAGAAUUUCCUGAAUGGAAUUAUUGACAGGAUAUUCCAGGCUGGUUUCAUCAAUAAUCAAGCUUCCAUAAAAUAUUUUAUAGAAUGGAUUAUUAUAUUGAUUCUUCAUAAAUUCCCUCAAUUUCUUCCAAAGUUCUGGGAUUGUUUUUCUUAUGGUGAAGAAAAUCUUAAAACAAGCAUUUGCACAUUUUUAGCAGUCCUGUCACAUUUGGACAUUAUUACUCAAAAUAUUCCAGAAAAGAAGCUCACUCUGAAGCAAGCCCUUGUUGUUGUGCUGCAGUGGUGCUUCAGUCACAAUUUCAGUGUUCGACUGUAUGCUUUAGUUGCUCUUAAGAAACUCUGGACCAUGUGUAAAGAGUUACAUGUUGAAGAAUUUGAUGCCCUGACCCCUGUGAUUGAAUCCAGCCUCCAUCAAGUGGAAAGCAUGCAUGGAGCAGGGAAUGCCAAGAAGAAUUGGCAACACAUCCAGGAGCAUUUCUUUUUUGCAACAUUUCACCCACUCAAGGAUUAUUGUCUAGAGACCAUAUUUUACAUCCUUCCACGCCUUUCCGGCCUCAUUGAAGAUGAAUGGAUCACCAUUGAUAAAUUUAUCAGAUUCACUGAUGUUCCUUUAGAUGCGGGAUUUCAGUGGUACCUUUCUCAAACUCAACUUAGUAAACUAAAACCAGGUGACUGGUCUCAGCAGGACAUAGGUGCGAAUUUGGUUGAAGCAGAUAACCGAGCAGAGUGGACCGACGUUCAGAAGAAGAUUAUCCCAUGGAACAGUCGUGUUCCUGAGUUAGACCUGGAGCUCCUGUUUCAGGAUCGUGCUGCCAGACUUGGAAAGUCAAUUAGUAGACUAAUCGUUGUGGCCUCGCUCAUUGACAAACCAACCAAUUUAGGAGGACUGUGCAGGACCUGCGAGGUGUUUGGGGCUUCCGUGCUCGUUGUAGGCAGUCUUCAGUGUAUCAGCGACAAACAGUUCCAGUACCUCAGUGUCUCUGCAGAACAGUGGCUUCCUUUAGUGGAGGUAAAACCGCCUCAGCUAACUGCUUAUCUGCAGCAGAAGAAAACAGAAGGUUAUACCAUCAUUGGAGUGGAACAAACUGCCAGAAGUUUAGACCUAACCCAGUAUUGCUUUCCUGAGAAAUCUCUACUCUUGUUGGGAAAUGAACGUGAGGGAAUUCCAGCAAAUCUGAUCCAGCAGUUGGACGUUUGUGUGGAAAUUCCUCAGCAGGGCAUUAUCCGCUCACUGAAUGUCCACGUGAGUGGAGCCCUGCUGAUUUGGGAGUACACCAGGCAGCAGCUGCUCUCACACGGAGACACCAAGCCGUGAUGUGCAUCUCAGUAAACCACGGGUGCUGUUGAAAGUUUUUUUUAAAAAAACUAUUUGGACUAAAGAAACAGAUUCUGAAAUUUACUGUUAUAAUUUGUAUUUCUUAUUUCUUGCCAUAUAAUGCCAAAAGUUUAUCAUGUGCCUUAAAUAUAUUACUAUAUAUUUUCUCCUUUAAUAAACACUUUCUGUUAAAUUGUAUUGUUUAUUUAAUAAAAUAAGCAAUUGUGGAAAUAAAA